AUGGAUCCCUCCCCCCUCUCCAACCGAGCCCGCACAGUCGUCUCCUCAUCCAACAACCUGAUGUGGGACAUCUUCAAGAACCCAUGGUGUCCUACAACCAAACCCGACGGCUACGUGAACGUAGGGGUUGCCGAAAACGCACUGAUGCAUGACUACCUGCUGGAAUACAUCAACACCACGAAGCUCACCCUCCCUGCCAAAUACCUCACCUACAACGACGGUGCCAUUGGCGCAGAGCGCCUCCGACGUGCCAUGGUAUCAUUCCUCAACAAACACCUUCAACCAUUCCAACCACUGACCAUCAACGACCUCCUCGUCACAAACGCCUUCACCGACCCCGGCGAAGGUAUCCUCCUGGGCAGACCCUACUACGGCACCUUCAUCCCAGACAUGUCCCUCCGCCCUGGGGCGACAGUUGUCCCUGUAGAAUUCGACGACUGCGAUCCAUUUAGUUUCCAGGCUGUGGAAUGCUACGAGCGUGCACUGCUCGCGUUCCAGCAGAACACCAGCCGGAAAGUUCGCGCCUUGAUGCUCUGUCAUCCGCAUAACCCGCUGGGCCGGUGCUAUCCCCAGGAAACUAUAAUUAAGCUGAUGCGGCUGUGUCAGAAAUAUCAGAUUCAUUUGAUCAGCGAUGAGAUAUAUGCGCUGUCUGUGUGGGAGAAUACCGUUGACGAGCAUAUUCCCGUGCCGUUCGAGUCCGCCUUGUCCAUCGACACAACUGGUAUAAUUGACCCUAGUCUAGUCCAUGCGCUAUGGGGAAUGAGUAAGGACUUUGGCGCCAAUGGUAUUCGACUCGGGGUGAUCAUCUCUCAGAAUAACCCGACUUUGCACAAGGCGUUGCAGGGUGUUUCGCUGUAUAGUUAUUCCUCGUCUGUUUCAGAAUUUGUCGCAGCUACGGUCCUUGAAGAUACGGACUUUACCACGAGGUAUAUCCAGCUCAAUCGGCAGAGAAUGUCUGAGUCAUAUGCGUUUGCUGCUCAGCGGCUAAGGGAAAAUGGGAUUGACUAUGCUCCGGGGGUAAAUGCCGCGUUCUUCCUCUGGGUUAAUCUGGGUAAAAGGUAUCGCGAAUUACAUCCCGAGCAGACUACAGGUUUGGGUGACGGGAUCAGCGAUAAGGUGAUGCAGCUCCUGCUGCAGAGGAAGGUCUUUCUGGCUAGUGGAGUGUUGUUUGGAUCUGAGCAUAGUGGGUGGUUCAGGAUUGUGUUUACGCAUCCAAGGGAGUAUCUUGAGGAGGCGUUGCGGAGGAUAGUGUUGGCGUUGGGCGAUUUGUGA